UGCACGAGCUAAUAAAACCUGAGAUCAACGUCUCUCUGUUGCCGCGCAUUCAGGGUGUUUUCGGACUAUACAUACUGCAGUAGUAGUAAAAACAAAGCUCGUAUUCUGAAUAGUAGUGAUAGCAUUUUUCUGGAAAGACACUCCAAAGACGGAAAUCUAUCGUCGAUUCUUAAUGACGUUUAUGUGCUGUUAAAAGUGAAGAUGCUGUUUAGGUGGAGUGACCCAAACGUGGAUUUUUUAAAAUGCAGAUCAAAUGGUAUGCAUCUCUGGGGUUAAUGGUCCUCAUCCCAUAGCCUGGAGAUGUUAGCUAUCCAGCAAUGCAACUCUUCAGCUCUGGAUGCGGGAGAGCCCCUCGCCAAUCAGACGCAGAACUUAUCUGGGGUGGAACCAGUGCGAUGCAAGGAAAACCUGACCACCCACACAACCAGCCCGACGGUAGCUGCCCUGUCCAUGACACUGGGCAUCGUGUCCAACAUCAUAGCUCUCAUCAUCCUGGCCAAAGCUUACGCUCACCUGCGCAAACGUUCCAAAGCCACCUUUCUUCUUUUUGCCAGUUCCCUAGUGGCCACGGACCUCGCCGGUCACGUUAUCCCUGGCGUCCUGGUUAUGCGCCUCUACAUGGGUGACACUGGGCCGUGUAAUUCCCAAACCGAUUCCACCUGCACUUUUUUAGGUGGCAGUAUGGUGUUCUUCGGCCUGUGCCCGCUCUUUCUCGGGUGUGUGAUGGCAGCUGAGCGCUGCAUGGGCGUGACACGGCCUCUUUUGCACGCCCGAGUUGUAUGCACUGCGUACACCAAGAUGCUAUUGGUGAUGAUAUGGUUAUUGGCAUUGUUUGUAGCAAUUCUGCCCUCAUUUAACUUGGGCAGAUAUACCUACCAGUACCCAAGGACAUGGUGCUUUAUUAAGGUGUUUAAUAAGGACCCAGCGAUCACAGAUGGCAAAGACACGACCAUCACAGAUGUGAUUUUUGUGCUGCUCUUUUCUGGACUAGGACUGGCGUCACUGGCCGUGGCAUUUAUAUGCAACACAAUCAGCGGCGUGACGCUGGUCAUCGCCCGGGUCCGCAGGAGGACAGGCCACCAGAGAUCAACUCACUCACAUGAUAUUGAGAUGGUGGCACAGCUGGUGGGCAUUAUGGUCACUUCUUGUAUCUGCUGGAGCCCUCUGCUGGUCUUUGGACUAAUGUCAGUCAUCCGCUCAUACAGUGGUUCUAUGAGGGACGAGUGUGAUUUACAGACCUACAAAAGUUUAAUGGUACUGGGAGUGCGUCUCGCUGCCUUUAACCAGAUCCUGGACCCUUGGGUCUACAUUCUCCUACGCCGGGCCGUCCUCAGGAAGAUCUACCGCUUAACCACCGGCCGCAAUGACCUCAGGGGAAGCACAUUCCGGCGCUGGGAGAUUAGCUCCUUGCAGAACUCAGUGAAAAAGGCCAUUAAUCUGAAUUGAUGGAGUGUGUGAUUAAGGGCUGCCACGUGGAAAGGACAAGGAGAUGGACAAAUAUGACCAUAUCUUUGCACUGCAGUGUAAUUGAAAGUAGUACAUACACCUUUGCUAGAAUAAUGGAUACACUAGAAGAAGUAUACUGGAUACUCUUGAUCAACCACAGAGACGUCAAACAACGUGAUGGAUUCGUUCUGCUUAAUUAAAUGUGAAACGAGAGUUUGACAUGCUCUCUCGAUGUCUUCUUCAUUAAUAUAAACAUGUGAAUUGUGAAUAAGUGAAGGACUGUAAUUAUAAUGGCCAGUCAAACUAAAUUUCAUGACAAUGAUUCCAGUUUUAAAAAUGUACAUAAAAGGAUGGAAAUAUCAAAAGAAAUCAGGAGUCAAAUAAAUGUUGUUUGUACCUAGCUGUGUGAUUUAAUAGUGGCUUAUGUAGGAUCGUGUGCCAUUUGCGCAUUUGAAUCUGUCAGUCAUUGUUAAGUGGGUAACACUUUACAUUAAGGUACCCUUUAUAAAGCAUUUAUAAACGUGUUCAUUAAUGAUAAAUAAGUCAUUUACAAAUGCAUUAUGAAGCAGUUGUAACUGCAUGAAUAAAAAGAGGGAUUCUAACGAAAUACCUGCCAAAUAGUGAGCAGGUAUAAGAAUUAUUUGGCAGGUAUUUCGUUAGAAUCCCCCUUUUAAUUCAUGCAGUUAUAGCUGCUUUAUAAUGCAUUUGUAAAUGACUUAUUAGUCAUUAAUGAACACAUUUAUAAAUGCUUCAUAAAGGAUACCUUAAUGUAAAGUGUUACCGUUAAGUGAGCUCUUCAUCCAAAGCUUUUUUUAGAUCCAAGCUGUUUUAAUUCUAUUGUUAAUUUAAGAUGUGCUGUUUUCAGCAGUCAUGCAUGUAGAAAGUCAAAUAUCGACAAAUGUUAAGUGUAAAUUUUACAGCCAUGUAAAAGCAGAGCUUUUACUUGUGCAGAAAUAUAAGCUAGAUGUUAUAAUGGUUUCAGUGUUCUUCUGUUUGUAUAUUUGUAUUUUCCUUAAUUAUCUGUGAUCAUGAAAAGUAAAAGGAA